AUGGAACGGGGCGACUCGGCCUUGCACGUGGCAGCUUCCCGAGGCCACAUUAAAGCCGUGGUAGUCCUCGUCGGAUUCAUACGCGUCGACGCCACUGGCUACAAAUUGCGAACUCCUCUCCACCUCGCGGCCCUGAACGGCCACCGGCUAGUUGCCGUUCGCCUUGUAGACUGCGGAGCAAAGAUCAACGCCAAAAACGCUGCCGGGUUUACACCCAUGGCACUUGCAGCGAGAAAAAAACACACGCUUUUGGUGCAUACUCUUUUGAGAAAGAAAGCAAAAAUUGAUGAGAAAGCGAUGGUAAUGGCCGCAAACAACCGAAGUUGGGAUUUAAUUGGCACCUUUCUACGCAGAACAAGAGGAUUGGCUGACGCAUCCAAUUUACGGCGGUCAUCCAAUUAUUGUGCUAGAUGCGAAAGCUCGUCGUUGGGAUAUUGUAAAAUUACUUCUGAAUAA